UCUUUUUUGCGGUCUUUUUUGUCUGUCAGAAUGGGAAGAAGUUGCUGUGUUGCAGGUUGUCACACAAGGAAGAGUUCGGAGCCGCAUUUAAAGUUCUUUAUUCUUCCUCGCGAGAAGAAAAGGAGGACUAAAUGGUUGAAACUUGAAAGCCAUUACUCGAGGAACAGUAAGAGAAGAUGGUUCCGUGGACCAUUCUUGCGUGUGGCAACCGAAAUCCAGGCACGUUUACGUUUGCAGCCUGCAUUUUAUUACUGGUGCUAAGGUCAACAUGGAGAGCCACCCAGAUUAUGUACCCUCCAUCUUCCAAAAGAAAGAAGAUAAAUCCAGUACUGGCUCUUUGUGUAAGGUGGCACGAUUUGAGAGAGCAUCACGGAGAUCUCAAACAGUUCCUGGCGGAUGUCAGCCCUUGAUGCGCCGCCAAAGAGCAUCAUUCAAAGCCUGCCCAUCUAACAGUUUGAAUGAAACGGAAUCGCCUCCCAGUGUGGCUCCUAAAGGUCAAACGGAUUCAUCACCUGCCAGAGUUGCCAUAAAUCUUGAAAAUUCUCUUGAUUGUACUAGUAAGUCUGUGUCUCAGGAGUAUGCAAGUGGCACUGUGAGCCAAGAAAGCGAGAAGAUUGUAGAAACAACAAAUGACCGUUUUGAUCAAGAAAAGGAGAUGGUAGCUGAUGCGCCAAUGUCGACCACUGAGCGAGCCCAGUUGUAUGAGGAAAUCCAGAAUUUGCGAACAGAACGGGAUAAUGCUCUUCAGCGAGUUGCUUACCUUGAAAAACUCCUGAAAGAAACAAAUAUGUGUUCAGAGUCUGUGGAAGGAAAUGAGGAAAAAUGCCAAAUGAUGACAGGAAUCAAGUGGGCCACAUUCAUGAAAAUCUUCAUGUUUUUAUGCCAAUUUGUGGGCAACAACAGCACAAACAAAUCAAGUAUACCACUGCAAGAGCAACUCUUCUUAACUUUGGUGAAACUGAGGCACAAUUUGUCAUUUUAAUUAAUUGCAUUUUUGAAAGGACUUCCCAAAACGAUUGCUAUUAAUUGUUUCUGGCGCUGGAUAGACUUGGUGAAUGAAAAUCUUGGUUUCAUGAUUAAAUGGCCUGACAGGGAAAAUAUUCAUGACAUCAACCCACCUGUUUUUCGUGGUAAAUUUCCUAGACUAACCACAAUUGUUGACUGCUUUGAGAUCUUCAUUGAAUCGCCAAAGAACCUGCUAGCCAGAGCUCAGUGCUACAGUAGCUACAAAAAACAUUGCACUGUUAAAGUAUUUGUUGCUUGCAACCCAUUAGGAACUGUCACCUUUUUGUCUAGUUGUUGGGGUGGGAGGGCUUCUGAUGUGCAGAUAGUUCGCGAGUCUGGCUUUAUUGAUUCCAAGUAUCACAUGCCUGGUGACCAAAUACUUGCUGACCGGCGGUUUACCCUUCAUGCAGAUUUUGCUACUCGUUGCAGCUGUGAACUUUUGACUCCAGCAUUUACGAAAGGUAAGAAAAAGCUAUCCGCCAGGGAAGUAGAGAUAUCAAGGAAAAUUUCCUCCGUGAGGAUACAAGUCGAACGUGUUAUUGGCCUCGUGGAAAAUAGAUUUAAUGUUCUGAAAGGUACACUGCCAAUUCGUUGUGUUCAGAAUGUGAAAGAUGAAGCGCUGGGCUGCACUUUAUCGAACUGCGAUAAGAUUGUGCGAGUGUGUGCCAUUUUGAGCAACAUGUGCCCCAGCUUUGUGUAUGAUGAACAUUAAGCUGAGAUCAUUUUUUUUCUUAAUAUUUUUAUUAGUUUCUUAUUCAAAAUCUCAUUUAAUUUCUGGAUUUUUGACUGUUCAAAUGUAUUUUUAGUUUGGUGUCUGUUUUGACUGUUGCAGCAAAUUUACUCUGUAUUUUUUAAAUUAUUUUGUUGUUGUUGUAAAUUUACAUUAAUAAAGUUCUGAACAAGACAUGACAGCUCCAUUCUUGUUAUUGUCUUAUUUGUAAAUGAAAUGGUUCAUAAAACAAGAUAAAAACUAAGUAUAGAUUUUAUUGCACAAAGAUGAGGUAGAACACAAGUACAUUAAAAAAAAAAGUGCAAACACCAUAAAAAUAUUUAGAUGAUAUGUAAGCAAAAACAACAAAAUGUUGAAUUAAACAAGCUCAUUUCUUUUUACGGCAGUCUUGGCAAUACCAUUUCUUUGCUUUUGGCAGCCUUUUAAGUUUCAAA